AUGGCCACCCACCAAGAUCCAAGGGGUGAUCUAGAAUGUCGUGUUGCAAAUGGGUGUCAUUGUCGAUUGAUUUUGGGGAUAUUGAUUGGUGGCCAAGAAGGCUCAAGCCAAGGACAAGUAACAAAAGAAUCACAUCCUAAGUUGCAAAAAGGUUUUCACUGGCCUAGUCUCCUAAAUUGUCAACCUUAUGAUGAAGAUGGACAGUCUUUCGCUAAGUUGGAGAAGAGCAAGGCUAUUGAGGCUGAGAUAGAGAGAAGGAUGACUAAGCUUGAGCUAAAAAUUUCUACUAUCGAGGAGGAAGCUCUCCAUGCCGUUAGGGUGAAACUUGACUAUGACCUCUUCCUCCAACACAUCUCUGUUCUAGAGUUGAUGUUGGAUGAGGAGGAAGAUGAAGCUGAUGGUAAUGUUCUGCAGGACUAUUCACAUGUGAACGAACCCAUCCCUAAAAGUGAUGGGGGUGGCUCAAAGAAAGGCAGACCUUCCCCAUUCAGUUUCCUUUUUCCAUGCUAUACGAGGGUACUCAAGACCUAUACUUCCUUGCUACCCCCACUAUCCCAGCCAAGCCAUGCCAUGAUCGAAGAAUUUGGAGACUUAGAUGACUUGUUCGGUGAUCCUAAAGGCGGUGAUUAG